UUGGUAGUUCAGUCUGUUCACGAGAGCUUUUGUAGGGACCUUGUACCGAUUAUCAACAAAUCGUUAUUCUUAGAGAGUUCCUCAUGUUUUAAGGUCGGUAACAGCAAGCCGUACGCUGAAGAACUAGUUGCGGUUCUUGCAGAACACUACCUCAAACCAAGUGACUCAAAAAUCUAUGAAUUUCUUCUGCCUUUGGAGACGUCCUGCCCAGAGUUCACCGUAUUUUUUGUUGUUUAUGCCACACGUGUCCUACCGAUAAAUCGACCAAUGGCAGCUGUUUUUGCUAGCUAUAUCAAUAGAAACCCAGGAUACUUCCUAAAAGGAUUUAGAGAUUCGCCUCAUCUCGCUGACAUUUUCCGGUCGGAGGUUUUUGAAAAGAUGCUUGCUUAUUUGCUUGACAUGGAAGUAGAACCAUCAGAGGAUCGAGAUGCUAUGAACUUCCAUACUGCAGUAAUGGUAUUGCUGGACAGGUGGAAUUCCACUAUAAGGAAGCCUCUCGAUAUCAGCAUGCUCUUUGAUCCGAAAGUACGAUGGUCUCGUUUUCGAUGUGAUGCCCUCUGUAUUAUCGGUUCUAAAAGUUUGGCAGCUUGC